UAUUACUGUAAAGUUGGUAAUACGUUUUAAUUUGGGAUUGUAAUAUUUGCAAAGAAAUUGUGAAGAAUUUGUUGAAACAACUGUAAAAAGUGCUUCAAAAGUUUAAAAUCCAAGUGAUAUUGAAGAAUGUCUCUGUUUGGAAUGAUGGGCGAUUUAGAGGAUGAUCCAAUUUUUGGACACCAUAUGCGCUCAAUGAGGCAAAUGAAUAAUAUGAUGAAUUCAUUGUUUGCGGAUCCCUUCGGAAUGUUAGGCGGACUCGAUAGUAUUGCAGGUCCCUCACUUGUCGGUCCUCGGGGCGGUUCCGCAAUGAUGCCUUUCAUGGGGCCUAGCAUGAAUAUGAAUCGUUUAUUGAAUAGCAACAAUUCACCAUCGUAUUGUACUAGCAGUGUGUUUUCGAUGACCUCGGGUCCGGAUGGGCCCCAGGUUUACCAGGCUACAUCGAGCACUCGUACUGGUCCAGGGGGAAUCAAGGAAACACGAAAAACCGUUCAAGACAGCAGAUCCGGUACAAAGAAAAUGGCCAUCGGGCACCACAUUGGCGAACGAGCCCACAUAAUCGAGCGUGAACAAAAUGUACGCACUGGAUCUCAAGAAGAGCGUCAGGAUUUCAUCAAUCUGGAUGAUGAAGAAGCUGAGGAUUUUGAUCGAGAGUUUCAGACUAAAGCGCGCAGUUCUCUAAGUCUCUCUGGAGGUAGACGAUCCGGACCAGAAAUUAUGGAACUACCAUCAAAUCAGCCAAACCCACCGCAUAUUCGUGCUAUUACAAACAGUCCGUACAACGUGACUUCUCCGAGUAGUAGCGGACAGUAUCAACAACACCAACAGCAGCAAUCGACAACAACACACAAUCGUAACCGCAUAACUGGUGGGCCUGCUGCUCCGUCAGUAACGCCACGCAGGGGCAUUCGAUCGCCGGCUUCGUCCCCACUAGCACUGCCUUCAUCGAACGGAAGUGGACACAUUACAACAAGUGUGCAUCCGCAUCCGUAUAACGUGGCAGGCAGAAAGAAUCGUGCUAUUAAAGGCCCUUCUUCUUCACCAUACCAUCAGUAAACGAGUUGUUGGAAAGUGGAAUGCCCCACUAUGGCAAAGAACAUUCACAGCAGUGUAAGGCCGGUAGGAAAAUCGGAUUCACAAUUUGCAAUUCACUGAAAUUUCUUUGCAAACCGACAAAUGGCAAACCGAAUCGGAUUUUCGUCGAGAUUCGCUACAAUUCUAUUCUACUAUUUAAUAAUAAUCACUACCUAUAUUAGAAGAUCGCGAUAGUUCAGCGCUUCAGUCGGCUUCAUUUUGUGUCAAAUUAAUCCCAAUUUCAAAGUAAUGUCAGUGUGAUUCUUCAUUUUACACGUCACAUAAAUACAUUGAAAAGGGAACAUACAACCGGCUGAUGGUUGCGUCUCGUCUUAGUUAAGUAUAUUAAUGAUUUUUAAAAAGGAGUUGAAAUUUAUUCUCGUCAAGUAACUGUUAUUCUUCUAAAUGAAUUUGUAGUUUUCUCCAACAACAAGAAUGUUCAUUAGUGUGAUAGGGUACGUAUGUUUUCGAACCGAUUAAAGUUGUUUUGUUCUUGGAUGUUAAUAUUUAGAUUACCGACAUAUUGUCCGUGGAGAAAUCGCUUUCAUUUCGCAACCAUCAAAGAAUUUAUUAUCAUUAGCGAAUGAAGUUUACCCAAGAUGACGAUGUCGAAUAACCUCUUGUUUGCUAACAACUGAAGUGAAAAUCCUAAUAUCUCGUACAUUUUGCAUCUAUUGAAUGAAUAUAGUUUACUAUAUCUUCCAUCGGCUGGUUAGUUCUGUUUUUAGACAAGCUAAAACAUGACUUGUUCAGAAACUGAUACAACAAGUCUUUAUCCAGUAUCGGUAACAAAGACGCUAUCCAGAAAUCAGAUGAGAAACCAAAUUUAUUUUUAACGAGGCAAAUCCUUACAAUCACAUGAGAAGCAAGUCAUUAUUUUUGUAUUGAUAUAAGAUUUAUUCGAUGAAGCCGAGCAGAACGUUAGAUUAGCUAUUAAAAUUUGAUAUCUGCAUAUGGUUUGCCCGGACAUGGCAGACCAUGUGCUAAAUUUUGAACUGCGGAAGGAUGCGGCUGCAUAAUUAUUGCUAGUAUAAUCAGUAGAGUAGCAUACUUUUUGUUCUUUUAAUUUAUGAAAUGUUUGUAAGAGGACAACUAUAUAUAAACAGAAAAAUAAAAUGAUAUAAGCAUA